UAUAUGGAAUGAAAUCGAGCGCACCUUGCAUCGAAAUGAUUUAAUCGAAAUCUAAUGGGGCCAAGCAGAAGAGAAAUAUGGGAAAACAUGAAAUGUGAGAAGAUUCGAUUCCCCUGAUCCUCGGUUUUCUGAGCAGGGCUGGCGUUCCUUCUUCAAGGUGUUGAAACCUGACUUACAAUGGAAAAACUGCUGGUCUGUCUGUUCGUCCUUGGAAUGGCAGUGAAGGCCCAUACGUGUCCAAAGCGCUGUGUGUGUCAAGUGUUAUCGCCCAACCUUGCCACCCUCUGUGCCAAAAAAGGGCUCCUUUUCGUCCCGCCAAACAUCGACCGCAACACCGUGGAACUCCGCCUGGCCGACAACUUCGUCACCAGCAUCAAGCGGAAAGACUUUGCCAACAUGACGCGGCUGGUGGACCUGACGCUGUCGCGGAACACCAUCAGCUACAUCACGCCGCACGCGUUCGCCGACCUGGAGAACCUGCGCGCGCUCCACCUCAACAGCAACCGGCUGACGCGCAUCGCCAACGACACCUUCAGCGGCAUGUCCAAGCUGCACCACCUCAUCCUCAACAACAACCAGCUCAUGAUCAUCAGCCUCGGCGCCUUCAACGACCUCCUGGCCCUGGAGGAGCUCGACCUCUCCUACAACAACCUGGAGUCCAUCCCCUGGGAGGCCAUCCAGCGCAUGACCAGCCUCCACACGCUCAGCCUGGACCACAACAUGAUCGACUACAUCCCCGAGGGCACCUUCUCGCUGCUGCAGAAGCUCAACCGGCUGGACGUGACGUCCAACAAGCUCCAGAAGCUGCCGCCGGACCCGCUCUUCCAGCGGGCGCAGGUGCUGGCCACGUCGGGCAUCAUCGGGCCCACGUCCUUCGCGCUCAGCUUCGGCGGCAACCCGCUGCACUGCAACUGCGAGCUGCUGUGGCUGCGGCGGCUGCAGCGCGAGGACGACCUGGAGACGUGCGCCUCGCCGCCGCAGCUCUCCGGCCGCUACUACUGGUCCAUUCCCGAGGAGGAGUUCCUGUGCGAGCCGCCGCUCAUCACCAGCUACUCGCCGGAGACGCGCGUGCUGGAGGGCCAGCAGGUGGCGCUGCGCUGCAAGGCGCGCGGAGACCCGGCGCCCGCCAUCCACUGGAUCUCGCCCGAGAGCAAGCUGGUGUCCAACACGUCGCGCACCGUCGUCUACGCCAACGGCACGCUGCACAUCACCAUCACCACCGUCAAGGACACGGGCAAGUUCACGUGCAUCUCCACCAACCCGGCGGGCGAGGCCCAGCAGACGGUGGAGCUGACCAUCAUCAAGCUGCCGCACAUCACCAACAGCACCAACAACAUCCAGGAGACCGACCCCGGCUCCUCGGACAUCUCCACGUCCACCCGGGCCGGCGCCAACGGCAGCAACCAGACCGCCGACGUCAAGACCAGCCCGGACAAGCGCGUGGUCAUCGCCGAGGCCACGUCCUCCACGGCGCUCAUCAAGUUCAACUUCCAGAGGAAUAUCCCCGGGAUCCGCAUGUUCCAGAUCCAGUACAACGGCACCUACGAUGACUCUCUGGUUUACAGAAUGAUUCCUCCCACGAGCAAAAACUUCCUGGUGAACAACCUGGCGGCCGGCACGCAGUACGACCUGUGCGUGCUGGCCAUCUACGACGACGGCAUCACCUCGCUGACCGCCACGCGCGUGGUGGGCUGCGUGCAGUUCACCACCGAGUCCGAGUACAUGCGCUGCCACUUCAUGCAGUCGCAGUUCCUGGGCGGCACCAUGAUCAUCAUCAUCGGCGGCAUCAUCGUGGCCUCCGUGCUGGUCUUCAUCAUCAUCCUCAUGAUCCGCUACAAGGUGUGCAACUCCAGCGACUCGGCCAAGGGCGGCCGCAUGGUCACCACCAACGUCCACUCGCAGACCAACGGCGCGCAGUCGCAGGGCUGCACCGUCACGCCGUCCGUCUCCAAGCAGACCAUGGCGUCCGGGAAGGACGGAGGAGGAGGCGACGGAGGAGGAUCCGGGGGCAGUCAGAAGGGGCCUCCGCCGGACACGCUGACCCACUCGUCGGAGACGAGCAUGUCUCUGGCCGAGUGCUCCACGGCUACCUCGCAGCUCAGCCAGGGCUGGACCACCACGGGCACGUCGUCGGGCACGCUCAAGAGCAAGCGCAAGGGCGCCGCGCCCAAGCCCGCCACCGGAGGAGGAGGAGGAGGAGGAGGAGCCGCCACCCCCGGGUCAGCCUCGUCCGGCGCGGCCACCUCCGCCUCCGCCGCCAAGAGCCCGGAGCCCCGGGUGGAGGCGCUGCUCAGCGCCGAGACGCAGCAGAACACCAACCGCAACAACUCCACUGCCCUGCAGCAGCCGCCGCCGCCGCCGCCCCCCAUGAUGGCGCCCCCGGUGGCGGGCGGGGGAUCCGCGGCCCUGCACCCCCCCGUGCGUUUCAAGGACACGCCCAUCCUGCGCAGGGUCCACCCGCGGGUACCCUCCGCCUCCAAAUACCUGACUCUUCCCGUGGAGGGCCCGCGCUCCAAGCGCCGGCUGUCGCUCAACGAGGACCUGUCCAAGCACCACUGCUUCGUGGCCUCGGCCAAGCUGGGCAGCGUCUGGUCGGCCAAACGGAGCCUGUCCAUGAACGGCAUGCUGCUGCAGCAGGACGUGGAGGGAGGCAAGGCCACGUACUCCAGCGCAGAGUGGAUUCUUGAAAGCACUGUGUGAAUGUAACACGAGGGGGGGGGGCCGAGUGACCCGUGUGUAUGUCACUCCUGUUUAUGUAUGUACGUGUGUGUGUGUGUGUGUGUGUGUGUUGCUAUGAAAAUAAGUGUGUGUAUGUAUGUGUGUGUGUGGGCGUGUAAGUGUGUGUGUUUGUGAGUGUGUGUGUGUGCUGUGUUUUGCAUCAUUUUUAUUUCCCCCUUUCCCUUCAAAGGAUUUAUUUGUCUACUUUUUGUGUCUUUUUUUAUUUUCAUGAAGAACAACAGACAGUCGGAAGAGGCCUGACUAAUCAAACGCAUCUCUUUUUUUCAGCUUUUCUUUUUUUUUUUUUUUGCGUUGGGAUCACCUUCUCUACCGGGCGCUGUUGCCACCGUUCAGUAGCCUUGGCACUUUUCACAAUCACCUCCAUUUCAAAACCAAUGACCGGAGAAAAAGAAACGCUUUCACAUUUUCUGUACUUAGACUUUCCAUACUUACCUUGGCAAGAGAGAGAGAGAAAAAAAAAAGCAUUGGUGCCUUCCUUUGCAUAACAGUUGUCCUCUUGCCAAGCACCAACCAAGAAAUGAGUUUCGCACAGAUCAAGAAAUGUGGUAUCAAGAGGAACCAGAAAGAUUUCACAAAAAGCCUUUCUACUCAAGGAAAUAAACAUUUCCUUCAUACUAUAAUGACACAAACAGACACACAAUUACAAAAAAAAAAAGAACGAUUAUCAAAGGACUUAUUACAGGACCUGUUAUUAAAUUCAUAUUUUUUAAAGAAAAAAAAAGUAUUCUUUUCGGUGAUGUUGAUACUGCCUUUGUUUAAAGGCUAUAAA